GUCACGCCUUGCGCUUCAAUUUAAAUCAUAUAAAAGACUGGUGGCUACGUUCACCAAAUCAGACUUUAAACUCACUCCAUUUGGAAAAGACUUAUUCAAAGCCCAAAACAAAACCAACAUGUUCAAAUUCGCCGUUGUCAUCUUCACUGUCAUCGCCUGCGCUGUAGCCAAGCCUGCUCCAGGACUUCUUGCAUCACCAUUUGCAUACUCUGCCCCAUUGGUUGCUGCUGCUCCAGGAGUUGUCACUGCCACAAGUAGCCAAGUGAUCGCCAGGAACUACAAUGGAAUCGCCACCGCUCCAGUGUAUGCUGCCGCUCCUGUUGCCAAAUUCGUUGCUGCUCCCGUUGCUGCUCCAUUAGCUGCUGCUCCUCUCGCUGCUGCACCAUUGGCAGCCAAGUAUGUAGCAUCACCAUUCGCUAGCCCGCUGGCUUACUCUGCACCUUUGGCCGCUGCUCCUUUCGGUUAUGCUUCCGCCUACGGAUACGCGUCCCCUUUGAGCUACGCUUCUGCUCCACUUUUAUUGUAAAAAUAGAAACAAGUAGAAAAAGAUGACAAGGAAAAUAAAUGAAUUUGCUGGAACACUU